UGCCACAAUCAAAUCAAUCAAUCAGCUUCCAUGCCUCCAUGGCAUAUCUGCGACGGUGAGUCGUCGAGUCAACUAACCCAAACAACUCACCGGCGCGAGCCGGACCGGCACAAAUAAAUAAAUAAAAACAUAGCAAACGUCAACGUUUUCUCUGGAAGCAAUUAUGUAAAACUUUCCAUACAAGAUAGGCAUCCAAUCACAUCAAACCAAUUCUCAAACACGCGAAUUCUAUUCUAGUCCCUUCUCCUUUUCUUCUUAAACCGUUCAUUUCAACCUAAAAUUCAAACACUCAAAAUUCUCAGUUCUUCAAAGAGAAUAAAAAAAAAGUUCAAUGGCGAGAUCGGAGAAGGAAGUGAUGAUCGUCGGAGCAGACGACAGCGAGCAUAGCUUGUACGCUUUAGAAUGGACUCUCGAUCGUUUUUUUGUUUCUUUUGGUCCUAAUUUUCCUUUUAAGCUCGUCGUCGUUCACGCCAAACCUACUGCCACCUCCGCCGUCGGUAUGGUCGGACCUGGAGCUGCGGAGGUUUUGCCGUAUAUUGACUCGGAUUUGAGAAAGAUAGCUGCCGGAGUUCUUCACAAGGCGAAGGAUAUCUGUACCAGUAAAUCUGUUACUGAUGUGAUAUAUGAAACGGUGGAAGGCGAUGCUAGGAAUGUUCUGUGCGAGGCUGUAGAAAGACACCACGCUUCUGUACUGGUUGUUGGCAGCCAUGGCUAUGGAGCUAUUAAAAGGGCGGUUUUAGGGAGCGUGAGUGAUUAUUGCACUCAUCAUGCUCAUUGUACUGUGAUGGUCGUCAAAAAGCCUAAGGUCAAGCAUUAAGGGCGUGUUUGGUUUGAUCGUUACCAUUUGUAUCAAGAGAUCCAACAAUAAUUGAAUAAUAAUCUUUGUGAAAUGCAAAUAAUUGGAUUGGAUUGGAUUCAAGUAUUUUUCAUACUCCAUUGUUGCUGAAGACUUUCAUGUCUUGUUUGUGCAAGUAUUUAUAUGUAUAAUGUAUUGGCUCUUGUUACAUUGAGAUUAAUUGAAAUGAGUUUGUUUCUUGAGCAUAA